AUGCAAGAAUUCAUAAGCAGUUAUUGUGUCUGUCAAGUACCAGCAGAGGACAGAGAAAAGCAUAUUUUAAAUAAGCACGUCAGUGAAAUUCUAGAAAAUAGACUAAAACCUGUCUUUAAACGACAAACACAAAUCCACCCAGUACUAUCACACCAACCCGAACCUCGAUACAGAGCAGCUUAUGAGUACGAUUUACAUGAAAAUCAAGAAUGGAAGACAGGGAAUACUCUAGACAUAUUGUUAUGGAUUGCGAUAGACUUGGAAAAAAACCUGCACCUGAUUAUUCCACCUGUGCUAAUUGUGCUCGAUGAUGUCGACAUUGAGUAUAAAGAAUAUGGUGUUAAAAUGGUUCAUGGGAUCGUCAAGAAGCUUGAUUCCAACCACAUUGCGAAAUUCGGUUUAGACAAUGUGGUUUUUGAGUCCCUGUUUAAAUGUUUAUAUCGUUUAUCACAAGACCGAGACAUCGAGAUAUUAAAAUUGGCUUACCCAUGUAUACUGGAUUUGAUUGGAUCGAUAAAGAAUGAAAGAACAAGAUCUGGAUUUUAUGAACGUGUCUUGACAGAUGGCAUUAUGACAGGUUAUCAGCAUGCAGGACAAAAGAUAAAGUUUCUACCUAUUUUGCUUCAGCCAAUUGCAACAAUUUAUGAUGCAAUUGGAGCGAUUGGUGUCCAGUAUUUAAAAGCGAUUAUACCUAUCCUAUGUGAUUCCAUGUCAAUGAUUUCAAGUAAUAAUGAGAUAAUUCAAGGGAUCAAUCAACUGGCUGCAGAGUCAUUGGUUACUGUCAUAAAGAAGUGCUGGCCAAGAAUACCUGCUUAUGAGGGGGCGAUAAUGCAAGCAUUAGCAAAGUCGUGGUCUUAUAACUUGACAAAUAAAGACACAAAGAUGUGUGGAACGUUGAAGCAAUUGUAUAAAGUAUUCGAAGCUGCUUGUCAAGGACAAGAAAUAGCGGAUAAAGAAGCAUUGAUUGCUUAUAAUCCAAGUGUGUUUGAACCUCUCUUUUUGUGA